UAUUCAUCAAAACACGAAGCUCGAUCGAUCUUGUAGUGGCCACCAAAUAUGAAGUUCUUGGCCAUUUUCCAAAUGCCUCUCAUCUUGAUCUUCUUUUUCUUAAGUUCCUUCUUCUUCAUCUCCUCCAAUGCAGCCACUUUUGAAAUCCGUAACGAGUGCCCUUACACUGUCUGGGCAGCCGCUUCUCCCGGUGGAGGACGCCGCCUGGAGCGUGGCCAGAGCUGGAUACUAAACGUUGCCGCAGGGACGAGCAUGGCUCGCAUAUGGGGACGUACAGGUUGCAAUUUUGAUGGUAGUGGCCGUGGCCGUUGUGCCACGGGAGAUUGUGGUGCCUUGGUGUGCAACGGAUGGGGAGUCCCUCCCAACACCUUGGCAGAAUAUGCCCUUAACCAAUUCGGCAACAUGGACUUCAUUGACAUCUCCUUAGUCGAUGGCUUCAACAUUCCGAUGGACUUUAGCCCAACCACAGGCCGGUGUAGGGGAAUCCGGUGCACAGCGGACAUCAACGGGCAGUGUCCUGGAGAGUUGAGGGUACCUGGUGGGUGCAAUAACCCUUGCACUGUAUAUAAGACCAAUGAAUAUUGCUGUACAAAUGGGCAGGGGACCUGUGGACCGACCAAUUUGUCAAAGUUUUUCAAGGCUAGGUGCCCGGAUGCUUAUAGUUAUCCUCAAGAUGAUCCUACUAGCACAUUUACAUGCCCUGGUGGGACGAACUAUAGGGUUGUGUUUUGCCCUUUAGGAACCCCUGGUAAUUUCCCUUUGAAGAUGGUGGGUGACAAGAGCGAGGAGUAAUCACGGUCAAUGUUUUAGCCUAUUGUUCUAUUCAGUUUCUGUUUGGAUGAUAAUGCAUGUAUCUUUCUUCUUUCUUGUUCCUGUUGUGUGUUGUGGACUUGUGGUACUUACUUGUACUGUGUAACAAAAUAAGCAUUCAUCU